AUGAAGAAAGUUGUACUAUUUAAAAGUGUGUCAGAUGACUACAAGAAGGCUUUCAGUGAUAGUAAUUAUGAAACAAUUUUUGUGGAACCACUCCAAUUCGAAUUUGUGAACUUACAAGAACUAAGUGAAAAAUUACUAAAGAACGAUUAUGAUGGGCUUAUAUUGACAAGUCCUAGAGCCAUUGAAGCAGUAUCUAAGUGCUGGGCACCUUCAAAAUUCGUUAUUUGGAACACUAAGAGAAUAUACACAGUAGGUGAGACCAGCAAUCAAAAAAUAAAGUUACUACUUGGAUUAGAAGCCAUGGGCAGUAGUACUGGCAAUGCAGAUAAUCUGGCAACUCUAAUAGUAAAUGAGAACCCUGAAAACUCAAAAUUUUUGUUUCCUUGUGGAAAUUUAAGAUCUGAGACAUUACCUAAUACAUUAUCUUCUAAGAACAUUAUAGUUGAUGGCUUAACAGUAUAUGAGACAAAAGAAAAUGAAAGUUUGAGGACCAAUCUAAUGGAAUUGAAUGAAACAGUUGAUCUUAAUUGUUUGGUAUUUUUUAGUCCAUCAGGCUGUGAAUAUAUAUACAGGCAGUUGCAGACAUUUAAUAAUAAGCUAUCAAUUCUUCCACACUUUGCGAUUGGCAAUUCAACAGCACACAAAAUAGAAAAUCUGGGUGUGGAAAUAGCUGGUGUUGCGGCAAAGCCUAAAGCUGAGAGUAUUUUUGAAUGUGUUGAACAGUAUUUUAGAACUUCCGGUACA